AUAAUUCUUACAGUCAAAACAUAAACACAACUCUCAGAGAGAGUCAACAGAAAGAUAUGCGGACGGAGAGAAGAUCAGAAGAGAAAUAUUAAUAAUUAUUUUAAAAACUUAUUUCAGUUACAAUCAGGCGAUCAAAGUGUAAAGUUCUCAUCCUCCAAAACUCUCAUUUUCAAAAAAAUGAAUCGUUUUAUCACAAAAUUGCCCAUUCGUGCGAUGGCAAACUCGCUCAAAGGCCAGGCAAGACUUAUGAGUGGAUCUGCUGGAAUUAAGCCAUUGACAGUCCUUACAGAUGAUGAACUUGCUAUGCAAGAAACAGUCAGAAAAUUCGCACAAGAACAAAUCAAGCCAUUAGUUUCAAAAAUGGACGAAGAAAAUUUAAUGGAUAAGGACUUGGUAAAGAAACUUUUUGAAAAUGGAUUCAUGGGUGUUGAAGCUGAUCCUGAAUAUGGUGGUAGUGGCUGCAAUUUUCUCACAAUGAUGCUUAUUGUUGAAGAACUUAGUAGAGUUGAUCCAGCUGUCGCUGCUUUGGUUGAUAUUCACAGUACUUUAGUUGUUAAUCUCUUGAAUGAUUUGGGAACAAAAGCACAAAAAGAAAAAUAUCUUACUAAAGUCUGUACUGAGUCUCCAGCAUCAUUUGCUCUUUCAGAACCAAGUUCUGGCAGUGAUGCCUUUGCACUUAAGACUACAGCCAAGAAAGAUGGCAAUCAUUAUGUUCUUAAUGGAACCAAAAUGUGGAUUAGUAAUUCAGAUAUGUCUGAAACUUUCAUCAUUAUGGCUAAUGCUGAUCCAUCAAAGGGAUACAAAGGUAUUACAGCAUUCAUUGUUGAAAGAGACAUGGAAGGUUUUACAGUUGGAAAGAAGGAAAGAAAAUUGGGAAUUUGUGCUAGUGGAACUUGCAUGCUUCACUUAGACAACGUUCGUGUCCCAGAAGAAAAUAUUUUGGGUGAAUUUGGCAAGGGUUAUGCUUACUCAGCUUCAAUCUUAAACGAAGGAAGAAUUGGAAUUGCCGCUCAAAUGGUUGGAUGUGCUCAGGGUGCAUUUGAUGCUACAAUGCCUUAUUUAUUAGAAAGAAAGCAAUUCGGAAAGGAAAUUUACAGUUUCCAAGGCAUGCAAUAUCAAGUUGCUGAAGUUGCAACUGAAAUUGAAGCCGCUAGACUUAUGUACUACAAUGCUGCCCGUAUGAAGGAAAAUGGUAUGCCAUUCACAAAGGAAGCAGCUAUGUGUAAAUAUUUCGCAUCAGAAGUAGCACAAAAAGCAACAAUUAGAUGCGUAGACUGGAUGGGAGGUGUUGGAUUCACAAAAGACUUCCCACAAGAGAAAUUCUAUCGUGAUUGUAAGAUCGGUGCAAUUUAUGAAGGAACAUCUAACAUGCAAUUGAGUACAAUCGCUAAACUCCUCAGAAAAGAUUAUGAAAGUUAAGCAAUUUUUUUCCGAACCACAAAAAAGAGAGUUCAAAUUUAAAGUGCAUUUAAAUUAGUGUACUAUUGUGCAUAUAAUUCAGUUUUAAUCUUAUUAAGUCUGUAUCAGGCUUGUGCCUUGAAAAAUAAAUAUAUUUUUAUUUCCUUGAA